AUGUUCGUUGUGUGCUUCCUCUCCCGUGUCCGCGCACCGUAUUCGUCCUCCGACAAUCACUUCGAAUCGCUCGAAGACUCUCUCGUCGGAUGCACACUGCUGCGACAUAUCUUCCUUCGUGAGCAGCCAAUAAUCGAGAAGCAGGCGAGCAAACUCGAACUCCCCCGAACACCCAGGAAAAUACGGAAUUGGCCUCGGAAAUCAUUUCCUGAACGCGGUGCAAAAACUGCAGCCAAGGAAAGGCCAACGGAAUUGGUUUCAAAGUUAAAAAAUAUGCCCAGUGUAGACGGUUCCCGAGCACGGCAAUGGCCUAGAGCUGUAUUGUCUAAGUCUUGUUUUCAGAAUCUGGGCUGCGAAACAUUUCUGGUGCGACAGCGACGCAUAAGGGCUCUCGCAAAGAACCGCGCACGGUUGCGAAGGUUUUUGGCCUCAUUUCCUCAUCCGAAUAAUCUAUUUCGUCAGGGCCGGUACAGGACUCUACAGCGUCGAAUAUUCAACCUCUGGUCUCCUACUCCCAAGCAGGUGAAUAUGAGGAAAGCAGAUGGAACCUUUGAUAAAGUUCGGAUGCUGAUUCAGGGCUUCGCUUCACUGGAUCGUAAAGUGCACUCUGGAUUUCGAAGGAAGACGCAUACCGUGCAGAUAUUUCAUGAUCCCCAAUGUGAAAUUUGGGUAUGUCAGCUCCUUGAGAGUGCAGAUAAGCUGCAUGGUGAAGACGUCGACCCAGACAAGCGUUGGAUGAGGAGUUGGGUGGGGUUCCCUGAAGAUGUUAGAGAGUCUUCUUGGGGUCUUAUUCUCUUAUACCUGCUAGACCACCAGCCCAAUCACGCUCUACAAUUUCUACGAGUGCUAGGACGCCAGCCUCCCCUUAAUGCACAGUUUUUCCCAGAGAUAAUAACAGACUCGCUAGAGUAUCUGGCGCGAAUAUAUCUCCGAGAGGCCGAGUGCGGAGCUCCUCUUCCGGACAUGUCCCAAUUUGUGCCGACGUUCUAUCACUUGCACAACCAACAUCUUUGGAGAUUUCCGGCUAUCUGCUCCCAGGACCUUCUACUGAACAUCGCUCGACUAGCCUCUCUUGAAGAUCUCAAGAAGAUUUAUGACCAUAUUGGAACGAGAAACACGUCCUUCGGACACAUCACUCUUCUCCAUUGGGCCAAGACUUUCGCUGAAAAGGGUGACUCUGAAUAUGCUCUUCUUUGUCUCAAGAGGAUUGCCUUGUGGUCUCGGAAUGCCCAGGGAAUUGUCGCGACAGACGUUUUCCGGUGGACUUGUGCCGUUGUUCUGCGUAAGAGCAUGAGCAACCCCAGCAAAUUCCAUAAAACCUCGGAAAUUGUUGCUCAAUUUGUGGCCAUGGGACUCAACAUGGAUAUCCUGCUGUACAAUGUGAUCAUAGCCAACGCUAUGGAGGCCGGCGAUUACUCCACGGCCUUCCGAGUAUACAAUCUUCUCGAAAGCCUCGGACUCCAGCCCGACAAAUUCACGUAUUCGACUUUGUUGUAUGGAUGCACGAAGACAGAGGAUCCAGCCAAAUUCCACGAGUUUGCGGAAUACUGUGCGAACAAAGCGAAAGAGAUUAAAGAUCCGUGGCUGGCUACCGACUAUCUCUACUAUCUCUACACGCGUCACAACAAGGAGAGGAUGGAUCCGCAACAACUUUCCUCUAUUCUGCUGCACACAUAUUCGCAAUUCUUCUCCAUCCGCCCUCUUAGCCCUUUCAGAAUUUCCCACAGCCCUGGCACCCCGCACUUCCUUCCAGGAGUGUCAAUGGACCCUCCCCCUGUCGCUAUAUUUGUCAUGCUACAGAUGGAAAUCCAGAACGCAGUCAAAGUUAGUAACACUGCUGUAUGGAAAUUGUACCUCCAUUUCGUAGAAAUACUCACUCGGCGCCACCAUCCAGUGCUCAAUGAGUUAGCAAAAACAACACACAUCUGGAACGCCUUCUUACUCGCCUUUUGCAGCAAAAACCAGUUCGCAAACGCUUCCACGCUCAUCAAAAACCUGACGGACGGAGUACCGGGUGGCGCACCCAAACCAGACGUCAUCGGAUGGACCAUCUUCAUGCACGCCUUCUUCAAAGAAGGCCAAGUCCAAGCCGCAGAACGCGUCUUCGAAAUCAUGAAGUCCCGCGGCGUGGAGCCGGACACGAUCGCCUACCAGACCCUCAUCGCGGGAUAUGCCGUGGCGCAGCGGAUCGAGAAGUUGGGUGAUGUAGUGGAGGAAACGGAUGAGCAGGCGCAGAUUCACCCGAAGGUCUUAGACGCUUUGAAUAGAGUGCAUGACCGGAAGAGGUUGAUGGUGGAAUUAGAGAAGAGGAGGGUUGCGAAAGAGCAGAGAGAGAGAAAGAAGAAAGAGGCGGAGAAGGUGGAAAACGACAGGGUAUGGAGGGAAGUUCCUGGAGUGAAGCCUUUGAUGGUGCCGGGGGGGAUACGCAGAAUUGCACCAUCGGGAAUGCGGGGGUUGGGACCACGGGUAAGGCUGCGGCCAGUGUGAACAGAGGUAUCAGGAAAUGUGUCGGUGAAUAUAAGACACGCGAUCGUGCGGCAUGGCCAAUCUCAGUGCGCCGGGGACGUUCCCCCUCAAAGCUGCAUCUUUCUCACUUAUACUUCUCAUGUGUGUAACCUGUUC